GCGUCCAGUCUCCUAGCAACCACGGCGGGACUCUCUAGGAGUCGCUUAACUCUCCAGCCUUCGACUUCUCGGUGUACGACUAGCAAGAGCCCUUCUACCUCGAUUUACUUCUGACUGCGCUCCCCCCACACCUCCCUCGAAAGCAAGUGGUUCGGAACCAACCCCUUCCCCUUGUCUCUCAGGUCUGGGCUUGUCUCUCCAGCCAUCCUGGGCCCGCCAUCCCGCGGGACCUAGCGACUCCCUCAGGCGGGCAGCUUUUGCCUUUAGAUCAUGAUUGGAGCUAACCGUGCCCCCAGUCCGGAGGACGAGGGUGUCUGCAUCACGGAAGCCCUGAUCACCAAGCGGAACUUGAACUUCCCUGAGGAUGAAGACCUGUCGGAGAAGAUGUUUCACACCCUUGCUGAACUGCAGACUGUCCGCUUGGAUCGGGAGGGGAUUACCACCAUCAGAAACUUAGAGGGGCUCAAGAAUAUUCACAGUCUCUAUCUGCAAGCGAAUAAGAUCCAGCGCAUUGAGAACCUGGCUUGCAUCCCCUCCCUGCGCUUCCUGUCUCUGGCAGGCAACCAAAUCAGUCAGGUGGAAAAUCUCCUUGACCUCCCAUACCUCCAGUUUCUGGACCUUUCUGAGAAUCUGAUAGAAACACUGAAGCUGGAUGAGCUCCCCCAGAGCCUUCUCAUCUUCAUGACUGGAAACCCCUGCACCGAAAAGGAGGACUACAGGGAGAGGGUGCUAGAAGCCCUGCCGCUACUCCUGGACCUGGACAAGCAGCCUGUGUUAGAGCGCUGGAUCUCAGAUGAUGAGGAAAAAGCCUCGGGCGAUGAACAGGAGUUCCCUGAGCUGAGUGGCCCAUUCCGUGCAGAGCGAGGCUUCUUCACGGAGCUGGAAAAGGACAUGGGCAAGAACCAGGAGCGCAGACGGCAGGCCGCCCUGAGUGAGCACCUUCUGAGGAUGGAGAUCCAGCCUACCCUCACAGACCUGUCCCUGCUGCCGGGGGCACCCAUGACAGGGGACAGCAUCCCUCCAGUCACUACAGAGCCAGGGAGGAAGUCCCUCCAAGAGGCUGUCACCCCACCCGUCUCCUCUCUCACCAGGAAACCAUGCACUCUCUUUCGUAGAGGCCAGAAAAGCUCCAUCCGAGCAGAGAAGGGGGACCUGGGGGCCCAGGCAACCACAACUCCCAAAGCCCCUCAGGUUGGGAAGCCCACCACAAUUAAAACUGUGUUCAUAAGAAGCAACAAGUAAAGCACAGCCCCCCACCCCCGCCCUUCCUCUCUAUCACAGGAGUGAAGCCCCUCCUGUGCAGACCCCACCCCAGUAAAGAA